AUGACUACUCCACUUUUGAAAGAGCCGAGACGCUUCGCUCCGCUGAAGGAAGGGGUUGUGAAUACUAGCGGGGCGCCGAAGUUGAAGGGUAUUGUGUUUGAUGUUGAUGGGACUUUGUGCGUCCAGCAAAACUACAUGUUCGGCCAAAUGCGCUCUGCCCUCAACAUCACCAAAGCCACCGACAUCCUCGACCACUGCCACUCUCUCCCCCCAGCCGAAUGCGAAGAAGCCCUCGAAAAGAUCCGCAACGUCGAGCGCGAAGCCAUGGUGCUUCAAGAAGCGCAGCCGGGUCUUGUCCCUUUGAUGACCUAUUUAGAAUCCAAGAAUUUACCCAAGGGUAUCUGUACACGGAACUUCGAAACACCGGUUAACCAUUUGCUGAGCAAGUUUCUGGAGGGGAAGACAUUUAGUCCGAUUGUAACGAGGGAUUUCCGGCCGCCAAAGCCAAGUCCAGAGGGGAUCUUGUUUAUUGCGAAAACCUGGGGGUUCGUGGGAGAUGACGGAAAGGGCCUAGGCGAAGAGUUGAUUAUGGUUGGAGCUGGUGCUGCGACGGUCCUGCUUGUGAAUGAGAUGAACGCUCAUCUUGCGACGCAUGAGCAUACAGAUCUCGUUAUCUCGAGGUUAGACGAACUGAUUGAGAUCUUGGAAAAGGGAUUCGUAGGGCGCAUUGCUAGGGGAGAUGAGGAUGAUGAUUUGAAGGGCCGCGCAGAGGGUGUGUUGCGGGACGGAAAGGGAGAGGAGUAG